AUGUUCGAACAGAAAGCCGUCAGGUCGUCCUUGGAACGAGGAAAUCGGAGCAGUAUUCUCACUUCGAAUGUCCAAGACAGACGCAAUUUGUGGUGGAAAGCCUUUCGCAAGACUGUCCUUGAACCGCGUUCAAUUGGUAUUCUAGAGAACCCGAUGACCGACAAGGUGCCUGCUGAAGUCCUGAAUUUGGUGGAACAAAAGUGUCAAUAUCUUGAGAGGCAUGAGCAACAGGCAUUGCAAUUUGUGGACGCGGUUUCCCAUGGUCGAGGCUUCGGCUCCUCAGCUCUCUUCCCCUCGGAAAUUCUACCAGCAGUAUCCGACAACCAUCUUGCGCGGAACCUAGAGCCAACAUUCGAUCAACAGACUCUACCAUCUCAGGAGGACAGUUUCCGAAUACCAGUGUUCGAAAUUCCAAAUCCGUGUCCAGGUCUUGUUUCAGGAUUUCCCCAAACUGCUUUUGACGAAGAUGAAUUCAGGGAACUGCCUACACAUGCGGCAGCAUCAGGCAUAAUAAGCGAUUGCAGCAGAGGUCGAAGUCAUCCCGACCCAGCUGUCUACACACCCUUUCUGCUCCUUGAGAGGACAUACGGCAAUGCCAAACACGAAAUUGAAUGUGCGAUGAAUUAUUGCGCAAUGAACGGAACCGCGGCGCUGAACUCCAUUAAUAUGGUAUACGAAAGCGCAUGGCCUGACCGAGUCGCACGACCUGUGAGAGAUCCAGUCGUCUUUUCCUGCAUUAUCGACAACGAUCUAGGGAUAAUUAACCAUCAUUGGAUGUCAGAAGGUGGCUUCUUUGUGGCACCUCUUUGCAAAUUCGACUUUCGAGACUUAGAACACUUUAUGCAUUUUCUUGCAUGGAUAGAGGCAAUCGAAGAGUGGGCAACCACUUGCUUCUUACCUGAUCUGCAAAGAGCUCUCCGAGUUGUGUGUGAGCUCAAGGCUGCUGGGUAUGCUGUGGGUCCAGCGAAGGCUUCACUGUCUCCCAUGUCAAUUGAUGAGAAACAAGACAAGCUGAGUCGGUCCAUGAAGGAGGCGUUCGACAACAUACCAUGGAAAGGAGAACGAUCAAGACGAACUCCAUUGGGCGUAACGAGUGCGAUGCCUAUUCCAGCACCUCCAGAUCCCAAGAACGAGGAACUCAAGAGUUCUGAGCAGGAAUUCUUAGCGCCAACGGAUGUCGCACCAAUGACAAAACGGAAAAAGUCUAGCCUUGGAUUAUCGCUAGUAAAGUCUGCAGGACUUUCAAAAGGAGCGAAUUCCGCAAAAGAGACUCGUUCUAUUGGCUCAGCAGGCCUUGAGGUAAACGAAAGCCCAGCAGUCAGUGUAUGGACCAUGCCACUACCUCAGAAUAACAGUGGCAAAAGUCCAGGCAUAGCAACGAGUACCGUCAGCAUGAAGAGUCCUGCGGAAUCCACUGUCUCGAUUCAAUCAAAACGGUCAUUCACCUCUCUGCGAAGCAGGAAGAUUAAGUCACCGAGUACACCAGAUUCUAGUUUUGGUGCCUCACCUAAAGGUUCCAAGUUCAAAUCGAAGAUCAGUAACAGCCUGGGCAUGAUCAAAGAGCAUACUCUGACAAGACCCAAGUACUCGGAUAAUUCUGCACCUUCGAGUGCUAAAGACCACCCUCCUAUGCCCACUCCUGCGUACGACAAGAAGAGAUUCGAUAUUCGGACACCUAAGCCAAUAUUGCCAGAGAACCCAAUGUCCUCCAUCUCAGAGACUCUCCACAAUCGAUCGAUGUCCGAGUCCGUUAAUACAAGUCAGGCUUUCAAUGGAUCAGGUGUUAUGGACAAAUCAAUUGCAGCUGCGGCAUACAAUGCUAGUCAUCCUCUACCUUUACGACAAUGGGCAAAGAGCCCUACGAUAGCAAAUACUACCACGACGACGCUUGAGGCUCGCGGCUGA